AAAAGUAUCUGAACAGUGGCAAGGUAUUUGUUCCUGGGCUGAACCACAAAACAUAGAAUCAAAGGGCUCUUUUUGGAUCCCUCAAUUUUCCUUUUCCCCCUCCCUCUCCUCUGGUUCUUGUGGAUAUUAUGGCUAAUAACACAAAUACUUUAGGAAGCCCAUGGCCUGAAAAUUUCUGGGAUGAUCUCAUAAUAUCCUUCACGGUAUCCAUGGCUAUUGGACUUGUCAUUGGAGGUAUCAUCUGGGCAUUGCUUGUUUGUCUGUCCAGACGAAGAGCCAGUGCACCUAUCUCCAGAUGGAGUGCAGGUCGUCGUUCCAGACCUUAUUCCCACAGUCUCAACAGGACUGGAUUUUACCGUCACAGUAGCUGUGAACGUCGCAGCAAUCUCAGUUUGGCCAGCCUUACCUUCCAGCGACAAGCUUCAUUGGAACAAACCAACUCCUUUCCUAGAAAAUCAAGUUUCCGGGCUUCUACCUUCCACCCUUUCUUACAGUGUCCUCCAUUACCUGUGGAAACUGACAGUCAACUAAUGACUCUUCCUUCCACCAAUACUUCUCCCAUCAUUAAUACCACACACAAUUUGAGCCGUCCUGACUUUCACUGGUCUAAUCAUAGUCUUCGUAUUGGCCUUUCCACACAAACUCCUCCACCAGCUUAUGAGUCUAUUAUAAAAGCAUUUCCAGAUUCUUGAAUAGAGGAUUAUCUGGGCUUUUUUUUUUUUUUUUCAUAAGAGGUCAUCAAGAUGAUUAGAAAGUCCCAGGCCUGUUUUAUACUGGUAAUGUUGGAAAUUAAUGCACUACAUUCGGUUUGUACAAAAAAAAUUGCCUGUGUACCACAAAAACUUUAUGUUCUACUAUAUAAGUUUUGUAAUUCUAUAUUCUUGUAUCAUAAGGCUUUUAGAAUAGAAGAAUGGGUCUGCAGAAAUAUUGCAUAUCCUGUUAGUGUUUUUUUUUUUUUUUAAAUAUAGCUGAUGAGUCUACAUUUUUAAGAUCUUUCUAUUUUGUCUCAUGUUAUUAUGGGAAGAGUUAUUUAAAUACCGACCUUUAUGCUUCAUGAUGAAACCUUUUUUAUUUUUAUUUUUUUUGAAAAAAAACUCCUUUCAUUUUAACAUCACACCUCAAAACACUUUUACAUCAUCUGGUGGUUUUGAAAUUGUUACAAAAAGAAAUUGAUUUGUAGUGACCUGUGAAAGAUACCAUAGGAAAACAAUCAUUGGACUUCUUCAUUUCUAGAGAGAUUCCAUUAUAGGUUUUUUUUUUUUUAUUCAUGAUUAUUCAUAUCAAUAAAGUCACUAUAGUAAUCUCAUAUAUAUAGAGAAGGGAAGGAAACAUGCCAAAAAUUGUAGUAAGUACAUUUACAAAUGACUCUGGGAGGUAGGUGCUAUUCUUAACCCCAUUUUAACUAACAAUAAAGUCACUUAACAACAAUUAAUGAAAAUGAGGUUAAAUGACUCAUCCAGGGAACACAACUAGUAAAAUGUGAGGCCAAAGUUGUACACUUCUGUACUGUCCAGUGAUCUAUCCCCUACUCCAUCAGUAGUCCUAGAUUUAUAACCCUAGUUAUAUGUUAGAACUUAAAUUGUCAUACUUAUCUCACUUUUUUCUUUGCAAUUGUCAUCACUGAAAAACAAAUCCAACUAUAUUUUGUAUCAAGAAAGGAAUUUUUACAAUAAAACUGUAUAGCAUUAAAAGAUUUUCUUUUUUAUACUAAGGUUUAGAUCUGAUUUAUAUCUCAGAAAACUUAAAUAUAUAAUUCUAUUAUCUUUUCCCCUUAUAUAUUUAAGGUAUAAUAAUUGAUUAGAAAAGAAUUCUAUCCUUUAUAAAAAUAAAAGUUAGUUUUUGUUUCAAAGAAAUCAUUCCUAAUUUACCAAUAUGAACUGCUGAGUGCAAAAUUCCCUAUGAGUUUUUGUUUAAUGAUCAAGUAUAUUGAAUGGCAUAGGGAACAUACAUUGAGUAUAGGGAGAUCCCUAUGCAAUUUAAAGGGCCUACUUUUGUGGGUUGAUAUCCUUUUAAAGAACAUCUCUCCAGCUGCUGGAAAAUGUAAUUGGUUCAAUUUCAUUGAGGCUCUCUGGCCUUUAUCAGGCAAUAAGUUUAAUUAAUGUAAAUGAGGCCCAUGGUUAGGUUCAGUAAUAAUGAAAAUGCAUUUAUUUUUUUGGAUGUGUACAUUUUGUUCAUUUUUACUUCUAAAAGUUAGUAAGUAGCACUAUUAAUAAUAGCUAAAUAUGGGUUCAAAAUUAAUUUUUCAAAAUUAAUUCUGAUAUUCUACUUGAGAACUUUUUUUAUAAUUUAAUUAGACUUCUUUUAUGCCUUUUUAUUCCUGAAAUGAAAUUGUUUGUUCUGAAUAUUGCCUUUCAGAAUUAUAACCUUUAAUGCUAGAUUCUCUUUCAGAAAAUCCUGUGAUAAUUGAAUUAAUGUAAGUUGCUCUUGAAUAAGGAAUUUUAAAAAAGCUAUAACUUUUAAAAUCAUCAUAAGCUAGAUUUUUAAAAAAAAAAGUUUUAUAUUUAUAAAAAGUUUACUUUUUUUAUUUGUAUGAGAAAUUCACUUGGGGGAGGGAUAAUCUGAAAUUUACACUGGAAAUAGAAGGCUUACUAUAAGGAAAUAAAAACAAAAUUUCCAAUAUUUGGAAUUACAAUACAACUUGGCAAAUGGGAUACUUAAAAAAUAACCAUAAUAUGAAUUAAAUAAGUAUUUUGUUAAGGUGGUAGAGAGUACAGAGAAUGUGUAUAUUGGGUUGUGCAAUCGGCCAAAAUAAAAUCUUUUGUUUUCAUAGAAACUUUUUCCAUGGGUAAGUGUUUAACUAAAACUUUUAUUCAUAGUGUACAUGUAUGUUACAUAGAACUAUUUAGGAAUUAUUUAGUAACUACUAAAAUGAAAAUUAUAUUUUUAAAAAGACAGAAAGUAUUGACAUGAUAUAAUUCAGAAAAAAAUCUUCAUAACGAAGAAAAUUGGAACUCUUAAUUAUGCACAUGAGUUAACUGUCAGAUUGGCUAAUUGCUUUUUUUUUUUUCAUUUUAUUUUGUCAGUGUACAACAACAGUAAAUGUUGCUGAAAACGAGUUGCCACAGCUAAACAGUCACCAUUUAUAUCUCAUUGAAUAAUGUUUAUUAUUGUAAAAUAUUUAUAAAAGACACAAUAUAUAUUUGAAUGACAUGCAAAAACAGUCAGUCAAUCAAUGAGAAGAUAACAAGUGCCUGUCAUGUUUUGGAAAUUAUAUUAGUCACUGGAAUAUAAAGAUAAAAAUAAAGCAGUACCUACCCUCAAGUAGCUUACAUUAUAUCAGAGGAAACUAUAGGGUUAGUAUAAUAUGAUAGCAUCCAUAUAGAUAAUAUAAGAUAUAGUACAUGCAUAAUGCAUACAAAAUAAUAAGGUGAACACUAACAACUGGGGCAGGGACAAGAAAGCCUGAGUUGAGCUUUGAAAGGAAAUAGGGACUCAAAAUUUCCAAGACAAGGAGGAAAUUCAUUCUAGGUAAUAACUUAAAAAAAAAAAAAAAAAAAAAAAAAAAAAAAAA